CGUUCGCCUCACACGCGAAAGGUCCCCGGUUCGACCCCGGGCGGAAACACUGUUUUAUUCCGAACUUCACUUUUAUUUUAAAAGCUGAGACCACCCGUCAACACUGGAAGGGAUAAGAGAGAGACAGACGCACCGACUCACUCACAAGGGGGGAAGUCUGCCUCCCUCUCCAUGACUGGAUAAGAAGCUUUCACAACGUGCAGAGGUGCCUCCAGCCUGAGUAAGGGAUCCAUACCAAGGGGCCAGGACUAGCACAAGCUGGCAAAAUGUUCCCUUUCAGAUCCACGAUUCUUCACGAAAAAUCUCAGCUCCACGAGCUGAACUCCCGACUGGAGUCGUACCUGGCCGGGGUCCGAGAGCUGGAGAAAGAAAAUGAAAUGAUCACCACCGAGAUCCGGCGUUUGAGACAGGCGGGGAGGACGGAGGAGAGUCACCCCUCUGUGGGGGAGGUCCACGAGAUGCGGUGGCAACUAGAAGAGCUGGCGGUGGAGAAGGCAAGAGCUGAAAUGCAGCGGCGUAAUCUGCAGCAAGAGAUCGAGGAGCUAAGAAACUGCUACGCUGCGGAGAAAACCCUUCACAAAAACACAAGGCAAGAGGUGGAGGCACAUCAGAGAACUCUUCAACAGAUUGAAGGAACCAACGCUUCUCUAGAGGACAUUAUCUUCCAGCUGCAGGCAGAAUAUCAAACACUGAAAGCUCAGCACGAACAAGCAAAGUGGGAAGCAGCAGAGGAGGUGAGGAGAGCCAGAAACAUCCUGGUUACCCAGAGCUACCCCACCACCCAUGUGGACUUUGAAAACCAUUCCCUUGCCUUUUCAGAAAUAUGGCAGGAAAACUUUGAAGUGUACAGGAAUAAAAUCGAGGAGCUUGAAGCUGCAGUACAGGAAGAUAAAGGGAGAAGUGAAGAUUUAAACAGGGAGAAUCUGCUCUUGAUUAGUGAGAUAGAAGCCCUGAAGAAAGACCUUGAAGAUCAGUUUAUUCUGCAAAGUCAGCUGGAACAGGACUUCUUAACAUUUCAGCAGAGGCAUGGCGUGGAGAUGGAGGACUAUCAGAGGGAGGUUGAGGCACUGGAGGAUGAGAAGCAACGUCUCACGUCAGCCAUCGCGGUUAAUCUCAAGGAGCAGCAGAAGUUGAUGCAGGUGCAAAUGGGACUGAAUCUCGAGCUUGCCACCUACAGGGCCUUACUAGAAGCAGAACACAGGAAACAGCAGGAGAUAGGGGAGCAACUUUGGAAGUUCAAAAAAGGUAUGGACACAAGAUUAUAUAGAUAUAAUGUUAUGCCAGGUCCAAUGCUUGACACUCUGGAUGUGAAGCUACGUGGAAAAAAUGUCCCCUCAACCUUCCGGAGAGAUGCUGUGAAAAGCAACAUUGGAAUAACAUCAAUGUCCAUUCCAUAUCGAACAUCUACGAGGAAGAUUAACAGUUCUUUCUUGGAUAAAGAUCUCCUUUACGACAAGAAAUCUUCAUCAGUUCAAAAUGUAGAUUCUUCAACAAGGUCAAAGAAUACGUACAAAGGAGUGGCAGGGUCCAUGUCAGCACCUCGUGACUCGUUCAGCACAAUGAAGCAGCCUCAGGCUCAGCACAAAAUGUUUCCACAAGAGAACAAGAGUCAAAUGGUUUUACCCAGGCAAAAGAAUGAGAGGGAAGAGGUCAUCCACAAAUCCAGGAUACUUGUCACUGAGUCAGUCAGUAAGAAUGAAACUGAUGUAUCAGAGAAUAGAACCAAAGCUCCACGUUCAAGUGACCAGCUAACACCUUUCAGUGAGAUGGAACAUUAUGAUGGUAACUUGAGGUCCAGUCAACCUGAAGAAGAGGAAGAGUACAAAAGGCAAUACUCAAAGAAUGUGAUAACCUUUGAACCUGAUGCAAAGCAGCUGGAAUUCAAAGCAGACUUAAGUGAUGUGGGGUCAUUUGCUAGCCCUGACAGAGAUGUUCCUGCUGCCAUGCAUCAGGCAAAUGCAGAAAAAGCCCCUCAGCCUUUCAUCUCUGAUAAUAUAGAAAAGAAUGAGGAGGAACUUACACCAGAAUCAGAGGAAGUGACACAGCCAAGAAGUUCACCAGAGGAGUUAGGUCACUACAGAAGAGUAAUAGUCUCUGAGGAAGGUAUCAUGACAGAUGAUGACAGAAUCAGGGAUGUCAUUGAAGCCGUCAUAAAACCCACUGAACUGGGAAAAAUGCUCUCUCCAGAAACUGCUGUCACUUAUCACAUUGAGGAGAAGGAAGUGCUGGAAGAUGGGACAACAAAGCAAGAUGUCAUCAUACAGUCAAAAAGUGAGGCAACUGUUGAUGUGGCAGAUGAGGACGCUCUUCAAGAAAUGCUGAAUAUGGACACCAAAGAUCCAGAGGUGCAACUGAAAGGGGCUUUGGAACAUUUAACAGGGUCAGAGACGGGAUGUUUCAUAGAUGGACAGCUAAACCUAGAUAUUAAAAGAAGAGAAACUCCGGGGAAAGUAUCUGUAAAUGUUGAGAUAAAGGAGCAGAUGAUGUCGGAAAUUGAUGACUUGCCUGCUCCAGCAGAUGCCACCCCAUUUUAUGCCCGAGCAGAGGAGGGUGAUCUCGAAGGAACAAAUAGUAAAUAUGACGAAGUCUUAAAUGUCACAAUGUCUGCUGCAGAUUUCAGGAAAACAAUGCUGUUGCCUUCUGAACCAGAGUCUCAGAAAUUCCAGGACAGGCCAACUAGUUUUCCUAUGGUUGAAAACACAGAAGAGGAAAAGGAUGAAGCAGAACUGUAUGGAAUAAAUGAACAACAUGAGAGCUUGCAGAACCUUUAUGGUGAUGAGUAUACAGAGAACACCGACCAGGCCAAAUUCACACCUCAGGAUUCCUUUGCAAAAGAACUGCAAUCACCGCGCAUAAUAGAAGAAUCAGUUAAGAUUCCACAGGGUGUUCAGGCAUCCAUUGUAGAACUACUGAAGGAGGAAACUGAGGAUCCAAAACUUAAACUAAAGGGAGCUUUGGAACAACUGAAAGAGGCUGUACCUGAUAAUCUGAGAGAUGAGCUCUCACUACUCACUGGAGAAAUUGAAGAGAGAUCUAAUGUGUCUGUCAGUAUCAAUAAUGUCCAGCAAUCUUCUGAGAGUGGUGUUGUCACUAUAGAAGCCCAAGUAAAUGUGUCACAAAGCCUUGACCCAGAAGACUUUUUUUCAAUGGAAAAGUUCAUUGAAGAAGAUGUAGAUAAAAUAGGGUCUGGACUAGCAUUUCUCAACAGCCAGCAGGAACUACAGAGGUUAAUGAAUGGGAAAGGUCUUCAAAUGGUUGAAUGUUCAAAUGAUGAAGGCAGAAUUACAGCAAAUCCUCAGAUUUUUAAAGAAGAACGGAUAUAUUUUGAACCCAAUGCAGAAGAUGUGGAAGAAUAUUCAUCUACCCAAGGCCACACAGGUUAUCAGAUCACUUCUGAAAUGAUCGGGUCAAGUGAAAUGGAAGAUGAUGUGACUCACUGGUCGCAAAAGGACACAGAUAAAGAUUAUGGAGAAGAGUUCAUUAACAAAAUCUCUGACCCUGUUGAUUCAUCAGUGAGUCUUCACAUGAACGUAAACAGAAUUAUAUCAAUGCAUACCAGUGGAGGUGGGAGUGAGGGAAGUAUGUCUUUCAUAGCACAGGAGCAACAUGCUGAAGGAACAGAUGGAAGUGAACUGGAUAACAAUUUAUAUUGUUAUGAAGAAUGGGAAUCUGGGAGCAGAGGUGUACUGGCCGUUACUGGUGAAAUUAAAGAGAAAGACCAACAGACUUCUGAUUCAGAACUACUGCAAUACCCUACUUCUCCUAAAGUCCUGACUAAGCAUAGGGUUAUCGUGUCCGAAAGCAUCUCACAAGUGGUUCAUGGUGAACAAGACAACAGUGUUACAUACCUUGAUGAGAAUCAGCAGGUUACUUUUCCUCAGUCUGAUGAUGAACCUUAACAUGCUUAUGAGAAAACAGAUUAUGUUCUUUUAUCUAGAGUUUAGUUAAAUUGGGGAUCAAUGCCACAGGGCAGACAUUACUCAGUCUCAAUGCAAUAGUAUUUUUUUUUGCUUUGAUAACACACAGCUUGGAAUUUACUUAUCAAGCAUAUAACUAUCUUCUUUGUCUUAAACCCAUCACCCCUAAUGGAGCAUAGAGCACUGGGCACCAACAGCAGCUUGCCAGAAACCUCUGGCCAGUCUUUCAAGUUGUCCCCAUGUGUAGCCCAUCUUAAGUAAAGAUCCUUCCUCUCCCAGGGAUGAGCUCCCCAGAGUUUCUGUUGGCAUCUCUGUAGUUCUGGGUUUUACGGGAUGGGGUUGCAAGCCCAAUGCCCAACCCUUCUUUUGUAAGUGAGCUUGGGACCAUCCAUGGCAGAGUUAUAUAACUAUAGUAUACACAUUUAUUUUAAAUCUGAUUAACUGAGACCUUAAUGUCACAGAAAUCAUUUCUAAUGGGAAAAUAAUUAGUAAUAACCUCGCUAGAAUGAUUUACUAACUUUUCAGAAGUGAUGGCAGAGGCUAAGAAGUAAUGACCACAGUCCCUGGGAAAAUGACUGACUGGGGCAUUGACAUUGCAGCCACUUAUCUGAAUUUUCCAUAGAACUGACUGCAUACAGGCAGUUUCAAUUAAUGAGCUUCAGAGUGUAGAAAAAUGCUCCAGUUACAGCUGUUAAAUUAUGGCAUUGUGCAGUUUAAGCUGAAUUUUAGAUUCCUCUGGCAGCUCAUAGUCAAAAAAACACUUUCCAGCACAAAUAUUACUGUUACAGAAAUAAAGGGAAGCCAGCACUGUUAAUGUAACAGGCAAUUAACAUUAAUCUAUUCAGAAAAAAUACUUUUGGGCCGUUUCCCUUUUCUGUUAAUUACUAUUUAGGCCAUGUCCCCUGGUUCGAACAUCCCAGAAAUAUGGUGGAUGGAGGGAAACUUAGUUUUCCCAUGCCUCCUUUCCUGUAUGUUUCAAAAAGGUAUAAUGAAUGUGGCCCUUGAUGUAUUGUUCUGCUUAGACACGCACACGUGAAACAACUGAACAAAUGUGAUGAUUUUAAUUUCCUGAUUUCCUCUUUCUUCAAACCUGGAAGUGUGUCGGCUGCACCUGCAUGCAUGUUAUCAAAUAUAAAACAACUAUUACUAGUUUGAGUAAUUAGAGUUGAGAAUUAUAUUUUUUAAUUAGUAAUACAUUCAGAAUAGUCAGAGUGGGCAUGUGUAGAAUUUGGACUGAAUGUUUAUGUCAUGUAGCAUAAGGAAAGGGCAAGAGAUAUUUCAUGAAAUGACCUUUAUGGUUGAAAUGAACAAAUUAGCAUUUCUGUACUGCUGUUCCUUGACUGACAAAAGGGGUGGAUUCCAGAAAGCAAUCUGUUAGACAAAAUUUCAUCAUUUGAAAAGGCUUUUCAAACUGAAAUGCAUAUUUGGUAUUUUACUACAAUAUAUUCCCAUGGGCAGGGAGGGGCAUACUAGUCGUUACAACAAAAAAUAGAUUUGCACAUUGUGGACAUCUAAAUCAGUCAAUGGUAACAGCAAAAAUCUGUAAAUAGAACGUGCAGAUGAAGGAAAGACCUGUAGAUUCAGUGACAACCACUGGUGGGGUUCACAGCCAUACAGUACGUAUUGAGCUGCAGUUACUGCUGGAAGAUAGGGAAGAUGGCAGCCAAUGUUCUCAUAACAAACAGUGCAAGGGGGGACUAUUCUGCAUAAGGCACAACCUUUGAGGGAGGGAGAAAUGAGAAAAAUGACUAAUUAAACCCUACUGAAUAAAGGUUGCCAUCAGUAUUAAUGAUAAAUAUUUGAUAUAUUGGUUCACGUGCUGAUCAGAAUGAAAAUCUUCCAUCAGCUUUCUAUCUGUCCCCCUUACCCAGCACAUGGCAGUAUUGUUUGUUGUACUGGUUACAUCACAGUCAGUUAUACCUGAUAUCAGGGGAAGUGGACUACAGGUUGGUAGGUGUGUGUGGAAUAAAUGCGGCAUACUGAAGUUUGCACUGAUUGCUUACAGUUCUGGGGAUACUAUAGUCUAAGGUAAAGCUAAAUGACACAGAUGAUUAAUGCAAAGGGGAGGGCUAGUAAUGGUUGAGUUACAUGUUAUACUAUGGCUAAACAUAUACCACUUUGAAACUGCUUCCUGUAUUCUUUUCUAAAAUGUUUCAAUUUAGCAGUAAAAUGCUUCUUCAAA